AGUAUAAAAAAGAAUAGGAACAAAUGUAUUCCCAAUUGGGGAAUAAACCCUAAAAAAUAGGACGGUGACCAGUCACUACUCUCCCAACGAAGAUGAAUCAGAUGAGAGCAACGUUGAUGAAGAAGAUGCGGAGGACGGCGAUGAAUCAGGUGCCUCUCGCCAAUUUCCGUGGGAGAGGUUUCUCAUCAGGCUCGACUGGUUCUUCAAAAUCGGAUACUGCUGAUCCUGUGACCUGGUUCAAGGUUUUCAGGGGGGUUGCAUCCCGGUUCCUCUUCAAUCGCCUCGUGAGCCGUUGCGAGAACAAUCCGGUGACUGCAAGGAGGCUGUGCUCGUUUGUCAAUAAGACGGAGGGUUGGAAGGCAAGUCUCAACAACUACUCUUCUGGGAGUGGUGGGAGCAAGAUGGUUGAGUUUCUUUCGCAGGACAAAUCCAUGGUGAGGAGCGCGUGCCAGGUGUUCUGUAACACGUACACGGGAACCUUUGUUGCUACUGCUUUAGCCCUCGGAUGGCUUGGUUUUAACCAAUCCGUCCGUGUCUUUGAUAAAAAGGAGGCUGAAGAGAGUGUAGAACGUGUGGAUGCGAGGUUGAGUGGCCUGAGCCGAAAGGUUGAUGUGCUCGAUCAUGAGUGGCAUAUGGCCAAGCUUUACGCUGUGCAGCAGAUGGUCAGUACAGAAUGCAAUGCUUUUGUUUCUUCCCUUGGUAUUAUAUUUUCCUAAACUUAUUAAUGUCCUUUUAUUUUCGGAAUGCACUACAUCGUGAAUGUUAACCAAACAUUCCUAAUAUUAAGUUCGUAGAAAGAUAAUAUAGUUUACCAUGACAAUAUAUCUCGUAUAAUUUGGAUCAAGAAAACGAUUUUUCUAAUGAUUUGGUUAGUCUUUUAAUUAAAAUAGAAUAAAAGUUAACAGUAAAUGGAAAAUAUAUCAUCUCUUCCAUUUGAAUAUUUAUUCCAUCAAAAUACUGUUAGAAUUUGUAGAUAUAUAGAACAAGAAACUAAACAAAGUUAGUAUCGAACUCGUAUUUCUUAAUUUUCGAAAUAUAGAAACAAGAUUUAGAUUAGUUUUUUUUUAUUUAUUUUAUUCUUUUUGAAGAUUUUAAGUUACUAUUUAUUUGCGUUUUAUAAAGGUUCUUCAAAUUUAGGUAUAACGUAAUACAAUUAUGACUCGACUCCAGAUAAAACAUAAAUGAUUAUGCAGCAGCUAGGUCACUAUAGUAUAGAACUUCUGUUCCCACGUCUUUCUUGGUACUACUAACCUAUUGGAUUUCUUUUUUUUUUUUUUUUUUUUUUUUAAAUUAUUGCUUUUUUCCCUAUACCACGUCCUACACGUGGGCACUUUACCCGAUAUCCGAAGCCGCAUCCAAACCAGAUCCGAAAAAUCCGAACAUAAAUCCAAACCGAAGUAGCAAAAUUUUCGAAUGGGUAUUAAAUUAGGAAAUGUUGGAUAUCCGAACCCGAACGGGUAAUAUCUGAACCCGAAUAGAUAUCUGAAGAUAACCCAACAUAUGUAUAAUUAACCUUAUAUUUCUAGUUUACAUCUAUCAUUUUAUAUAAAAUAUUUAUAUUGAUACUACACAUACUUUA